AGGGCAGUCGGACGGCCCAAAGGGAAACUGGGCACUGCUUCUGCGGUAAAGCUCGCAGCUAACCGGACAACUGCCGGAGCACGUCGGAGGAGGACGCGAUGCCGCAAGUGCGAGGCGUGUCUGCGGACAGAGUGCGGCGAGUGUCACUUCUGCAAAGACAUGAAGAAAUUUGGGGGACCUGGCAGGAUGAAGCAGUCCUGCAUUAUGAGGCAGUGUAUCGCACCGGUGUUGCCUCAUACUGCUGUGUGUCUGGUGUGUGGAGAAGCUGGGAAGGAGGACACUGUGGAAGAGGAGGAGAGCAAGUUUAAUCUCAUGCUAAUGGAAUGCUCCAUUUGUAACGAAAUAAUACACCCUGGAUGCCUUAAGGUGAAGGAAUCGGAUGGUGUGGUUAACGAUGAGCUGCCGAACUGCUGGGAGUGUCCAAAGUGCAACCACGCAGGGAAAACUGGAAAACAAAAACGCGGACCAGGAUUCAAAUACGCAUCAAAUCUCCCAGGCUCAUUGCUGAAGGAGCAGAAAAUGAACAGAGACAACAAGGAGGUGACAGAUGCUGCAAAACGGAAAGGGGAUUGUGAAGAAACUCCCAGGCGGAAAUCGGAGGAACAUUCCAAAAAGACUCAAGUUGACUCAAUACUGAGGAGAAAGUCAGACGAAGUGCAUCUGUGGAGGAAAAGGAAAUUUGAGAAACCCCAGGAAUCCACGAUGAGAAAGCGGCGGCGAUCGUGGAAGUCUCCGGAUGACCGAACUGCCAUGAUCAAACCCCUUCGGCGCCUGAAGCAGGAGCCGGAGGAUGACCUGCCAGAAGCACCUCCCAGGUCCAAGGAUAGUGACCAGUCGCGGUCCAGCUCGCCCACUGCGGGUCCCAGCACGGAGGGUGCCGAGCCCAGGGACAAGAAGAAGUUCAAGAUUAGGCGGAAAAGGCGGCUUCCCAAUAAGGAACUGAGCAAAGAGCUCAGCAAGGAGCUUAACCAGGAGAUCCAAAAAACCGAGAACAGCCUUGCCAACGAGAAUCACCAACCCAUCAAAUCCGAACCCGAGAGCGAGAACGAGGAACCUAAGCGUGCUUUGAACAACAGCGAGAGACUCCAUAGGUUCAGCAAAGGGUUGAACGGGACUCCCCGGGAGCUGCGGCACCCGCUCAUCCCCAGCCUGCGCAGCACACCUCGGGGCAUCGCCCGGCCACCGCCUUCACUCUCUCCUCCCAAAUGCAUCCAGAUGGAACGGCACGUUAUCCGGCCGCCUCCCAUCAGCCCCCCUCCGGACUCGCUGCCCCUGGAUGACGGGGCGGCCCACGUGAUGCAGCGGGAAGUCUGGAUGGCUGUCUUUAGCUACCUCAGUCAUAGAGACUUGUGCAUCUGUAUGAGAGUUUGCAAGACCUGGAACAGAUGGUGCUGUGACAAAAGAUUAUGGACCAAAAUAGAUUUAAACCAUUGUAAAUCCAUCACUCCACUUAUGCUUAGUGGCAUUAUUAGGAGACAGCCUGUAACCCUUGACCUUAGCUGGACAAAUAUCUCUAAAAAGCAGCUGAGUUGGCUUAUCAACAGACUGCCAGGUCUCCGAGACCUGCUGUUAUCAGGGUGCUCGUGGAUAGCGGUGUCGGCACUUUGUAGUUCCAGUUGUCCUUUACUCCGAACUCUGGACGUGCAGUGGGCAGAAGGACUGAAAGACGCACAAAUGAGAGACCUCUUGUCGCCGCCCACAGAUAACCGGCCAGGCUGCAACGGGUGUACUUUAGAGAGUAUGGAAACACUUUCUUCCAGUUCAGGGAAGGAGCAGUUCUGUGGGUCAUGCCACAUUCGCCCGGAUAUCAGCUCAGGUCAGAUCGACAACCGGAGCAAACUACGGAACAUCGUUGAGCUGCGUUUGGCCGGGCUGGAUAUCACAGAUGCUUCUUUGCGGCUGAUCAUAAGGCACAUGCCUCUGCUCUCCAAACUCAAUCUCAGUUACUGUAACCACGUGACAGAUCAGUCUAUUAACCUGCUGACCGCGGUCGGAACCACCACGCGGGAUUCAUUAACGGAAAUUAAUUUAUCAGACUGCAAUAAGGUGACUGACCAGUGCCUGUCCUACUUCAAACGUUGUGGAAACAUCUGCCAGAUCGACCUGAGGUACUGCAAGCAAGUGACAAAAGAAGGCUGCGAGCAGUUCAUCGCAGAAAUGUCCGUAAGUGUUCAGUUUGGGCAAGUGGAAGAAAAACUUCUGCAAAAACUGAGUUAGUUAAAGGACACAUGUAAAUACUGGGGCGAGGGGGGCAGGGACUAAGAACACGUAGGGAUUUUAUUUUCAAUUGGGAACUUGGAAUAUUGGAAAAUACCGCGAUCGGAUUUUACAACUCUUGUUGAGGAGAGAAGAACGUGAAACUACCCAUGUUAAGAAUUUCAACUUGUGCCACUAAUUCAGUCUACCUGGGAUGUCCUGCACUGGCUCUUAUGCAAAUUCAUAAGGCGACUGUUACUGGUGAUAAUUGUUCACACCCGGAAGACGACUGAUCUCCAAGAAAUACUGUUAUUUAAAGUACCACAGCAUGUGCUUGGUAGUGUAAAUUUGAUUUCUGCUUUUCAUUUCUUAACAACAACAACAAAACAGUUGGUGUCAUUAAGUGGACCACGCACUGCAUUUCUGCCUUCUUAACAUGUUUUGUUUUGUUACAUCUUACAUUAUGCAGAACUAUUUUUGUACAAAAAUUGUUUAAAAAUUAUUUAUGCAAUGUUUGAAUGCAUUACCAGUGUUUCAGUUUUGAUUGCCAAUUUUUAUCUUUACUUAUGGUAGGCGAGAACUUAACCUAUACUUCGUAGACAGUAUCUAUCUACAAACGUGCCCAGGUCAGGAAAAGUAGGUUAAUACUUUCAACUUCAAGCAUGUUUUAAUGGAAGUUUAUAUCCUGCUUUGUAUACUUCAGAAGUGACAUAAGCAUGUUGUGGAAAUAAGGUGUAAAUUAUAGUUGAAGUAAAACACUUUGCCAAGUUUUAUCUGUAUAGAAAUCACCUUUUUCUCAAAAUUUUAAAAAAAUUCCAAUUU